CACACACACUUCAACUUUACACUUUUCCAGCGAUCAUUGCUGUUCGCGUACGGUUCAACAACACGGAGCUUUGAUUUCACACCACGAACAGCGCCUUUAGGAGUUUCACAAAAACCACUGGAUUUCACGACCGAUUUGCGGAUAAUCUAUUUGAAUUUGAGAGAAAAACUGAAGGCGAACAGGUUUGUAAAGGAUCAACAGAUUGUUCAUCUUAAUUCAUUGGUUGGAAUGGAUUUAUAUGUACGUGAACGGCUCUCAUUGACACGUGUUGUCGGGAAAGCGUAAGCGUUUUCGUGCGGUGAAACUUUUCAACAUUUUCUUCUCGAUUCGUCUUCAUCUCGGACCUGACGGGGAAAGUUUUCAAAGGGAGAUUAUAAAUCUGAUUUGUUGGAGUAUUAUCAGAUCUUUGAGUGAUACAUUGUCGCAUUGAUGGAUACAAUCAUUCUGCUACAACCUGUUGCGUUCUGGAAUGUUUGGAAUCCUUUGAAGUGGACGCGCAGAAGUGAGAGAUUAUGACGUGACUUUAUUAGUGCGUGCGCGCGGGAAACAACAUCAAAUCACAAUAUGUUUCCAGUAUUAGCGAUCUGACUGGAAGCUCAGGUGAUCACAUCAAACUCUAUGGGUCACCUGUGUGUUUCACAGUGGUGUCUACAGUAUGUCAUAUUUCAUCACGUCAGUCAUGUGACACGGGUCAGCCCACUCUUAAUGAAUGCUUGAAAUUACUCGUGUGUGAUAAAAGUGAAAUCUGAGGUUCAUAAACAGUUGAAUGAUUGAUUGGUAAUAUGUUUACUAGUUAAACCUUACUGCAGAAUCCUUUGGAAACGUAAACCUGACUGCUGGGAAUUGUAUCUUUUGCUGGGAUCCCACUGGACAGGUAGAUUUGGGGACAGUGCAUCAUGUAUGGCCGGAGCCCGCCGCUGCACCCGGGACAAUGAGGGUUCCUGUGCGGCGACUGGCCGGGCUCUGGCCGUGGCUGCUCAUGGCCGCCUUACAGGUGGUGUUGGGCCACACUGGGUUGGAACUAGCUGCUGCCGUUGAGUCGGAAAGAUCUGCGCCCAAAGCCAUGAUCAAGGUGACCCUACUGAAGCAGGAACCCACCAGCAGGCCCAUCACGCUGGAAGGAGUUUUCGCCGGUGGCAGUGCCGGCUAUGCCGAAGGGAAACUGAUGCAGUCUCACCCGUUGUCUCUGUGUAACACCAGUGAGGAUGAGCGACAGGAGUCGGCCUUCAUCACCAUUGUCAAACUGGAGAGUCCAGAAAGUAAAGUGCCACAGUGUCAGCCACUGCUCAAUAAAGCCCGGUUGGCUCUUCAGAGAGGGGCUCAGGCGGUCAUCUUUGAUAUAACAGAUGAUGCCGGUGCUGCUCAAGAGCUUCGUGAUUUGGGUUUGUUGCCGCGGCCAGUCGUGUUGGUGAAGUCGACAGACGCUGAGGAACUGAUGGGACUCGUCAACAAGAACGAGGAAGCCAUGGUGGUGAUAGACAUCAUGAUGGAGGCUCCUAAAUGGCCUCACUAUGAUGUUGGCAUUCUCCUGACCGUUGCUCUGGCUGUGUUGGCCAUCAUCAUGAUCUUUGCCAUGCGCUUUUUCUGCAGGUCCAACAGAACCUGGGACUCUGUGCAUCAGCAGACCAUGCGGGCCAUCGGCAGGCUGGAGACGCGGACGUACGUCUCUCCGGGCUGCAGCGGAUCCCAGCGUUCACGUGGAGCUCUGGGGUCAAGCAGCAGUUCUGGGUCUGGUCCUGUCUGUGCCAUCUGUCUCGAGGAGUUCAUGGAUGGCCAGGAUUUGAGGAUCAUCUCCUGUGCUCAUGAGUUUCAUAAGGAGUGUGUCGACCCCUGGCUCUUACAGCACCGAACCUGCCCGCUGUGCAUGCAUAACAUCAUGGGUAAACAGACUCAUGAGUUGACAUCCCGCCAGCCCCAAAGAAGCCGCAUGCCGGCCCCUCCACCGGACCAUCAGAGUCAAGCUUUCCUUCUUCCUCAUCAUUAUUCAACCCCACAUCCUUACCCUCAGCACCACAUCCCCUUCUCCAUGCGACAUCAUUACCCCCGCACACCAUCUGGACCUUUACCCCAACUGGGUCACUGUGGUACCUCACCCCCUCUCCAUCCACGCACCCUGCGAUGCUUUCCUAGCAGACCGUUAGGUGCCAGUUGCGUGUACCACCUCACCCCAGAUGGCCAUCACGGACGCGCGCACAGGCCAAGCGGGCACGGGUGUCGGACCGCGGGGCAUCACUUUGCCGCCCCCAGACGUCCGUGUCCCCGUUGCCCCCCAGGUACCCAGAGGAACGCUUCGGCUUCUCGGGUGCAUCCCACGGCCCACCAUCACCCUCAUCACGGGGGAGGUACACAUGGUCGGCAGGACGAUGGCAGCUGCUCGGGAGCGAGUUAUCGCACGGAGCGCAGCGGUUACCUUGCAGACGGUCCGGCCAGUGAUACCAGCUCGGGAUCGUGCCACGGCUCGUCCAGCGACUCGGUACUGAAUUGUACGGAUGUUAGCCUUCAGGGCGUCUACGGCAGCUGGUCUACCUUCCGCAGUUCGCUCAGCAGUGAGUAUGACCCGUUUGUGUACGGGCCGAGCAAAGGAGGAACCCCAGAGGGCACCCAGAGGCCUCGGUCCCUGGACUCGGUAGUGAACCGCUCGGGAAACGGACCUGAUAGGAACGGGAUUUGCUCGGAGGAGCAGCAACAGCAGGUGGCUGUUUUCAGUCAUGUCCACUUUCAUAGACAUAGACACCACUAUUAUGAGGAUGGAGAGCUCGGUCAAGGGCCCGGCCGGGGCUCUGACGCGGAUCAGGGAGCCUCAGCCGCACUAGCGGGUGGCCCCUGUAAUGUAGUUAAAGACAAAGACUGCCAAAUGCAGCACCUAUCUUGCAACUGUCCCAAAGCGGACAUCAGUUUGAGGGGGCUCGAGGACAAAGACACAAGUCCUGUGUCCUCAUCGGGCCCCUCUGUGGUCGUAACCUCUUCCUCUUUAUCUUCUCCGUCGCCAGCUUGUUGCCACAAGGGCUCGGCGUGGCCCAGCAGACGGAAAGCAACCGGCUGUACGUUGGAAGCGACUGCGCCGGUUGUACAUUUCCAUCAAAACUUGGACCUUCAAGAGGAUUGUAGCCUUCACAUUCACUACGGACAGGGGACGGGAAACUAUUGCUGCACAUCUCCGGAAGUGACCCCCGCUCUCUUGCCGGUUCCCCUGAUUUUGGACUCAACGGGGAUGGGCGAUUGGCCAUGCUGUGGCGGGGCUCAUGUUGUGUGGCAGAAGCGCAUGCAGCCGGCCCGUUCAGAUCCUCAGCUUCCAAGCUCGGGCUCUACAUCGGACAGACCCCUAUGUAGGGCUCAUCACAACCCAGGCCAUGAACUUCCUAGGGACAUCUGUCUGUACUGCCAAGCUUUACAUAGUAGUCAGGAGGAAGAGUCUGGCGUAUGAGAAACUCUUCAUCCUGAACUCCUCACGCUGCUACACAAGAGCCGAUAUGGACAAAACUAUUCGGCUGUUUCUUGCUGUCUCUUUCAUAAACACACACACACAGUGUUCCUGAUAAUUCCAAACUGCAUUUCCCACGGCAAUGUCAUAUUUCAUUGGAAAGUCAAGCAAAUUGGAAAUUCAUCAGCUGUCUGUUCAUAUUUCAUUGAUACCUGUCACAGGUACAUGAACAAAUGCUUGUGUCCUCUGUAACAUUUGUCCUCUGCUCCGGUCAAUUUUCUGUUUCAGGUCAAGUACUCGCAUAACUCAGCAACAUUGAAACUUAACCUGUUUUUAUCUCUUCUCAGUCUUAUAGCAUCCAUACAUUAGUUAACUUGCAUCGCAAUCUUCACAUAAUAACACCCUUCCGGUGUAUUUCUCAAACGUUAAACAGCCGUUCAGCUUUCCUGUUCGGCCCGUGGGUAAGCGUUUUCCAGCACUACCUCAGAUAACCAAUCAGAAAAGUCCUGUUAGCGAGACGGUACCCGUACAACGACCUCUUUUACCUCUGAUAGAUAUUAACCCAGAGAAAAGAUAAAGAUCUUUACUUCAUACAAUCUGUCCCUGGAACGGAGCCCUGACGGUUUCACAAGGUUCCAUGUCGUAGUUUUUUUUUUUCAUUCAGUUAUGGCAGCUGUUAUUUCCUACAUGAAUUGACUGAAUAUAUUCUGUUUCGGUUCUGUCGUUUGUCGUGGCCGAGAAGGACUACGUUUCCCAUAGUGCUUUGCUUUCAAAUCCGUAAAAGUGUCCGUAAAGGGACGCUGACAUUUCAUAAAAAGUCACCAGCUUACAAGCUCACCAAAAGUGCCUGUCUUUAAAAUGAACAUUACAUGCAGUUUAUACAUGUACGUUUGAUCAUUAAUCUACUGACAUGCUGAUUUUAUUUUGUAAUACUAAGGUAAUGUAAUGCUUAGCCGACCUCCAGAAACAUUUCUCUCUUUAUUCUGUUACAGAGAAGUCUCUGUUGACAUACAUUUGAAAACCUUUUAUGAUUUUAGUACUGUGACAAGCUGUCGAUUACCACAGAAAAUCGUACUUAAUACAGCAGUCUCAGAUUUUUUUAACACUUACAGUAUUGCAUCUAUGAUGCAAACAUUAAUUUCAAUGUUAUAAAAGUGACACAUAAUUUUGUAUUAAAUGUUAAUAUUUCACUCAUGCUGUAACCAGCUGUUAAAGGUGCAUUGUGUACAUUUUAGGAAGAUCUCUUGACAGAAAUGCAAUAUUAUAUACAUAACUAUAUUAUCAGUGGUAUAUAAAGACCUUACAUAUUAAACUGUAUCGUUUUUAUUACCUUAGAAUAAAAUUUGCAUACACUGCGGGUCCCCUUACAUGAAAGUCGCCAUCAUGUUUCUACAGUAGCCCUAAACGGACAAACUGCUCUAUAGAGUGCAUUUCGUAACAGCCCAGUCACACGAAAUUACGUACCUAUAGUCAUGUCAUUUUUUGAUUCUUUUUCGUGAUACUGUCACAAAUUUCCACAUUUUUUCAUGAUCGUAUCACAAAUUUCUGUUUAUGUGUCAUUGUCACGUAUUGGUUAAUCAACUGUUUUGUCCUAUUUUCUUACCAUUUUCGCUUUGGUUUAGGGUUAGAUUUACAUAAAAUGACAUCCUUACUCAAAACCCAACUCUAACCUUAACACCAGGCGACAAUGUUUUAAAGAGCCAGUAAGAUGUUUUUAAGCGUCCUAUCACUGUUUAUAAGUCCCGGACAACAGGUUUAAAUGCAUGCAAGGUCAAAAAACACUGUCAUUUUCUCAAAAUAUAAAUUUAAAAUUAUCCCAUUUCUCAGAGAUCCCCAAAUGAUUUGUGUGAAGCCGUUCAACGAAUCAGUCUGAGAAACUAGCAUUUUACACUCAUUUAAGCAUUAAUGUAAGCUAACCGGGUCAUAGCAAAACCGUAAGUGAACAUGUGUUAGCUGCUUGCUAACGUGACUCUAUAUGACAGUAUAUUAAGAGUUUAAAAAACAACAUCAAUACACAUCAUUCAUCAUUAGUCCAAGUUAUAAAAACGAAGACGGACAUUUUUACACUCAUUUAAGCAAGUAUGUAGCUUUAAUCAUACUUACAGGUUGUGGUUAGGAGACGCAUGUUGUUCCAAAUAAAGUGGGUACUGAACCAUCUUUCAUUGCCAAAUUUCUAGUAAAUCCCUCCAUGAAAAAGUAAUUUUAACCACUGAUUCUUCACAGCCAAAGUCUAGUAAAUCCCUGACUGAAAAAGUAAUUUUAACCACUGAUUCUUCAUAGCCAAACGUUUAGUAUAUCCCUUCUUGAAAAAGUCAUUUUAACUACAGAUUCUUUAUAUAUCUUCAUCCUUUGGUAGUGAAAACAACACAAACUGAAAACAGCGUGAUAUGACGUUUACACACUAACUAGCUGUGGGCAGGUCAGCGUUUUCAUUUCUCCCGCGGGCAAGGCUGUAGAUGGAGAUUAUUAUGCAAAGUGUCGGUAUUACGUGGAUAAAGUCAGGCAGGAGAUUCAAUCCAUAUGACGACUCGUUUCAGCGAUUCAGAGUCGACUCCCUACUUUAGAAGCCAAUAACUUUAUUAAUCGUGCACUUUUUGGUUCAACUACUUUGCACAUUGUUUACAUUGAUGGACAGCUACAUGACACACUACAAUACAGGUCACUUUUUCGAUUUGGGUCUGUGUGGCUCUUUAAAAUUUAGAAAAUAUAAAAA